GCUGACGUUCCUCAGGGAGUGAUUCGAGUGCAAGCUCCCCAUCUUUCAAAAGUUUCCAUGGCAAUACAGCUAACUGAAGAACUAAAAGCCAGCGAUGUACUUGCCAGGUUUCUCAGCCAAGAAAGUGGGGUUGCCCAGACACUUAAGAAAGGAGACGUUUUUCUGUAUGAAAUUGGAGGAAAUAUUGGGGAACGCUGCCUUGAUGACGACACAUACAUGAAGGACUUGUACCAACUGAACCCAAAUGCUGAGUGGGUCAUAAAAUCCAAGCCACAGUAGAAGACUAACUAGAGGACUAGUAUCAUCAUUCAUUCUUGCUGAGUCAAGAGUGUAAAUAAAAGUAUCAGGUUUCUUAAUUAUUCAGCUGUACCCAAUUAUUACAAAGUGAUAUUGCCACGCCUUAAAAUUAUAGAUUUUUGUGGUUUCUGUAAUUGUUAAUUAUUAUUAUUAAGGAAACAAGUAUUUUUGGAGUUGAGAGGAAAGGGGCGUAAUUAGCUUGUGGGCUGUUUAUAUACACCUUAAAAUGUGUUCAGAUAUGACAGCUGUUUGGUUUUAUGUUUUGUUUUUUAUGAAAUAAAUUCUCUACAACUUUUUUUUGGGGGGGUGCUGGUUUUUGAACCAGAACUUUACUCAUGAAGGGCAAGUGCUUCAUGACACCUAGUGAUAUCCCCAGCAGAUUAAAUCAUCUUUACUAAUAGAUUUACCAAAGAAGUUUUGGUUUAUUUACAUUUUAAGAACGUUCUCUCCCCUUUCUUACCUCUUCCUAGCUACCUUCUCUCAAUAAAACUUGCCUUUUUAACCAGAAAGAGACAGUUAAUAGCAGGUAUGGGGAAGCUGUGAAGGCAAACCUAACUCAACAGUAUUUUUGUUACCACAAAAUGUUAGUGUCCAUGGCUCUGGAUCCUCUGUCUGAGCAAUCCUUCCUGCUACAUCCCAGCCAGUUAUUUUUUCCAGCUUCCCUUACUUCUGUGCACAAAUCUGUAUCCAUCAUCAAAACCCAAACUGUCAGGAACGUCCAAUCAUCACCAAAGCAUAAAACGCUUAAACACUCCAGAGAAAUAAUAUGAUCCAUAGAGAAUAACUGAAUCACCUCUGACCAUAAUGUGAAUUGCCAGACCAGUCUUAUGUGCGCCACACUCUUCCAGAUGGAAUCUGGAAAGUAACCUAUAAAGUUACCUGGCAACAUUAUAAAUAUCAUAGUAGCACAACCUGAAACAACUGGAGAAUGCAUUGGGAAAUGGCCCUUUCUGUCCCCACCCGACUUCCCUCCCAGAAUGAGUCUUCUGGGUGUGACAAUUGUUGAUGUCAACAAUUUUGCCUGUUUUCAUAUUUUAAGUAAUCUGAGUCAACUUGUUACAGAAAGUAUUAUUCCCAGGGCUUUUCAUGCACAGACCACACUGUGACACAACGUGGACCUCUGCUGUAAAUAAGAGAAAUGAAAUAAGAGCAUUGAUUUGCUGUUUUAUAAGGGUAGAGUGUCAUUGGUACAAGGUGGUAUGGAUAGAUGUGGCACCAAUAUCUUGAUGACAGUGUUCAUAGUUCUUUAGGGGAAGCUACACAUUCUCAGAAGCUCUUGAUGCCACUCUAAUUAGGAAGGAAAGUGCCGUUAAUGAGAACAGCGAAAUGUUGAGCAUAUAAUUACAAGAGCAGCCUGUGGAUAGAUGCUUCAGUAACGCCAUGGUGAUCUGUGCCAUUGCUUUUUUAUUUAAAGAAAUUUUAUAAUUAAAAGCCUUUUUCUAAACGA